CUACAUAAACAACCAAGCCGACAACGACGACGACAGCAACAGCAAGAGAAACAGCAUCGCCACUGAACACCCGUCACCCCUACUGCAUACUCGACCUCACCCCCUAACCUCCCCCCUCCCCCCCACACCCACCAUGCCCAAGCCCAAGCCCGAAUGGCUCGCCCUCCUCGAGGCCCAGCUGAAAGAGUUCCCGCGGCAGAACAUCUACACGCUCGCGACGACAGAGCACGGCCAGCCAAGAGUCCGCCAUGUCGUCCAUCGCGGAGUCUCUCCCUCGGGCCUCCUCCUCAGCACGACAGACACGCGCAUGCCCAAGCUCGCGCAGAUCGCGCAGCAGCCCGCCGUGGAAGCCGCGUGGCUCUUCCAGACUAGCCUGGUGCAGUUCCGUAUCCGCGGGGACGCGUUCGCCGUCGGGCCGGACGGCAUGCCGAGCACCGGCGCGCCCGUCGACGCCGACAGCCCGGAGGCAGCAGCGGCGUGGUGGGCCGACGAGCGCGCGCGCUUGUUCCAGUCCGGCAUAGGCGACUACCUCCGCGCAACGUUUGCCCGGCCCGCCCCGCCCGGCAGCCUGCUCGCGGACGCGCCGCCGCCGGAUACCUGGCCUGCGGCAGUGCCCCCGGAGGCUACCACGCCAGAACAGCACGCCGCGCUCGAGCUCGCGCGCGCCCACUUUGCCGUCCUCGCCAUCGUGCCGCGCCGCGUCGAGAUCCUCGAGCUCCGCACCUCGCCGCAUCGUCGGCGCGAGUGGGUGCUGGGGAGCGAGGGGUGGGUGCAGACUGAUCUCGUGCCGUAGAGCCGCUAGGGGUGUGC